AUGAACUGCAAGUCCUAUUCAGUAUUUUGCCUUUGGCUGCCAAUCUGUGCUUGGAGUGUCCGUGGUCAGAAAUCAUUAGUCCUUAUUUGCACACGCUUUUUAUUGCUCUUACAAAAAGAGUUACAAAAGAGGCAUGUAAUGCAUUUCUGUCCACAACAAACAUAAUCUAAUCUAAAACAGAAAAAAAUAAUAAUUAACUUAACCAUCUCCAUGGGUCUAGAACUCUGUUAUGCAACUUGAAAGAAUAUCUUUAAUGUGUACUUGUAUUUCAAUGUAUUUAUUUAUUUAUUUUAUUUUUUAGAUCUUCAAGGAUUACAUGCAGCUUGCUUGAUGUGAAGAAUCCUCAAAUUGUAAGUUAAAAGCAUUUUGUUGACUUUUUAUAGUAAUAGAAUUCUACAUUACCGAUGCUAAGUGCUUUAAUCUCAUUUAGACUCUUUGGAUGUCUUCAAUGAUGUAUGACAUAGAAGCGAAAACUAUUAAAAACGUCUGCUUUCAUAAAGAUACAUAAAGAAACAAAAUCUGUCGUAGAACCCUGAAGAUAAAGCAGGUCAUUUGGUAGUUUGAUUCAUUGAAAAGAAGAGAUAAUAUUAGAUAUAGUACACAUGUACUUUUAUUCAGCAUGCGGAUGUAUGUGCUAACUCAGCUUACAGAUAGAGUAGUCGACACGAUUCCAUGUGCAUUUCAAUGUGAGGAAACCAUCUCUGAGCUAACAGCAGUUUUUAAGCAUUAGAUGGAACAGGGUUUUUUACUUGCUCUUUACGUUUUUGUGGUCAGAAUAUGGAUGUUUGUCCCCUUCUGUGGUUACCAUGGCAGUAGGUUUUCUGGUACCUGGGAAAGAAAUAGCUGUUUUGUAUUCUGAGGAACCAAAGGAUCUAAUAUCCAGCGAACCGAGGUGAGUGCCAGCCAAACUUGAACAGUUGGACAAUAGUAGCUAAGUUGGAACGACAGCUGAGUCGGAAACCAAUUUUGGAUGCCAAAUUAGCAGUUUACUUAUCAAUUUGCCAGAGUAAGUAAUUCCCCUUGAAACCAAGGAAGGCAACAUUCUCAAGGAGUAUGAGAAUAAUUGAUGUCUACCGACCUGGUCAGCUACUUAAGGUGGGGAGCCACAUACCAUUCAGUUAUUUGGUAUUUGGACGCUGUUAAAACGGAAUACAAUAGUGUCAAUAAUACAAAUGUGUAUUCCUAUUGCAAUAGUGCCUUGUUUGCAUUUUAGGUUUGUCCUCCUUCCCCUAUCCGUAGGAAAAAAAAUAGUUUUACUUAACUUAAUUUCCCUCGUAGUGCUGUGCCACCAUCUCGAAUCCAUUGCUAAGUUCACCAAGGCUGAUAAUAAUCUCUGCCAAUCCAAAAAUUUGGCAGGCUAGUGUGGUUGCACAACAAAACGCUGCCUUCGUCAGUCAGAUGGUCUCCACUCCCUUUCUCUUCUCUUACCAUUUUAACAAACACAAAAUAGCAACCCUCGUCUAUAAUAUUCUCUCCCCAUUGUACCUACCUCUAUUUGAUGCAAGAACAAUGCAAUGAAUUAACAUUUAUCCAGCUCCUCAUAUUAGGAAGCAGGUUGAAGAAUGAAUCUAGAGAUCUCUGCCCCUGGAGAUAAAAAAAAAAUUGAUGGACAAUCAUGGGCCAGUUCAGGAGAUCUUCAUAUGGCAAACUUUGUGCUAACAAAGCAUGCCAUAGCUAGGUUAUUUGGCCUUGGGAGACUCAUAUUUUAUCAAUGAUUCCUUCGGAAUAUGUUACUGUUGACUGAGGGGAUUUAUUUUAAAUAUAUAUAACUAUAUUUAGCUUCCCUUAAUGAUAGAGUGAAUGUGCAUGUGUGCGUGUGUAUAUAUUUAUUUGACUAUUUUUGGCUUUAAAAUGUAAAUUCACUUUGAGUUAACGUUUAAAUUCUUUAUUGAAUAAACCUGACAGUGUAGCAAAAAAUAUAAUGUAUUAAUUCCUUCUUAUAAAAUAUUCUAAGAUUAUUGUUUUUAUUACUAACUAACAUUACCAACAUAUUCUGUAGCGCUGUACAAUUGGGGAUAGCGGGGAGACAGUGCAUUAUACAAAGACCAAAACAAAAGAUAAAGAUGGUCCUGUGCAGAGAUCAGGCCAUUGAGGCUCUUCUAUACAAAGUGCCUAGUUAGAUAGCAUCAUACAUAUUCAGCUGUUUAUCAAUGCAUAUGACCUCAACACAACCUUUGAAAUAUCCCUGUCACCAUCUGGAAGGUUAAGAUAUGAAAAUGUAAAUAUUGAGAUUAAAGACCUGAUAGUUUUAUGUCUUCUUUUUGGCUUAAUGUAUCUGUCAGAGUAGAAGAUACAUUUGCACAUCUGAUUUUUAUCACUGAUAUUGUAGGACACUAAUAGAGGCUACAACAAUAAACAGAAGGCAUUUGUAUUUCAGGAAAGGAGAAUGAUGUGACAGGUUUUGGAGUGAUGCCUUAAACUGCCACCUGGCAGCCGUGGUCCUGAAUCUGUGUCCUGACUUUAACCUUUAGAGCAUGAGAGCAUGACCUCAAAAACUGUCACAUUUGACCUAAACCAUCGGAGCUCAAAGGUUAUUUUUCUAGGAAGGGUGAAUUUUUGGUCUGCACUGAAGAGGGUCAAAAAAGCAACCACUAAUGUUCAUUCCUUUGUAUAUAGAAAUAUAUAUGUGAUUCAUGCCAGACAUUUGUGUGCCCUCAUUUAAAAAAAGCUAUUAUUGUGGUUCAGAUGUUUCUUUGUUUUGUAUUGUUUUCCUUAAUCACGGUUUUUGCAGUUUUAAAGAGUUAAAGCUGUUUUCGCUGACUCUGAGCAACAGAUAUAUUUUUUUAUAAAUAUGGAGAUUAUUGGCAUUCUUAUUAUUUUUUGUAAAUCUAACGAGAUAACAGGGCUGGUUGAAAAAAAUAACUCUCUGCUAAAGGAGCAGUGGGGAAAAGACAAAAAAAAAAACUAUUAAAAAAAUAAAUAAAAUGUUUUAAUAAGAAAUAAUAAGAGUAAAAAUAAGAAAAUGUGCAAUCUUUGUGGAUUGUGGAUUGUGUUGUGAAAGCAUUCCACGGCACGGAUCAAAGAGCAAAUAUAACAUUAAUAUAUCUUAUUCUGUGAAUCUUGACACCCACACAUAUUUGGAUGUCAAUCACAACUAUGAUAGAAAUUUUAGCCAUGACUACUUUAUACUCUGGGAGUGAUGGUGAUCUUUAUUCUGAAAAAAUGCGUUGGGCUUUUCUAUUUUUUUUUUAAAGCUGUUAGAUUCUCUUUAUGUAGUGUAUAAUGUAUGGAUUAGAGUUCUGUAGACUACUGUUUUCUUAAAUAUUUUACAUUUCAUUUAAUACCAGCCUAUUUGUAAUUUCACUCCCAGUGAGACAGAUUCCAUUUGCUCUACCAGAGUACAACUGUAGGUGACAUCAUCUUCUUUCUCCAAGAAAUCUUAAACAGCCACUAUGCAAAUACAUGGCUUUGAUUAUCUAAUUUAAAACAAAUAAAAAACACAUGAAUGAGGUACAACACAUGUUAACUUGGGUUGGUUGUACAUAUUUCAGUAAAAAUCCAAAUGAUCAGAUUUCAAUCCUACCAGUUACUUCAAAAUGUGUCCUGUAGGUCAUGUAUCUUCUGUAUCCACCAAAGAGUCCAGGACAGUUCCUGAUCUAGUAAAGUCCAGGAAAAGUACAUGUGUACAUCUUAAAAACAUAUGCGAAUAAUUUAGUGCUGUAACUUCACUCUCUUUGAGACAAUCAUCAAGAAGCAAUCAGCUGUAUACUUUCAAAAUACAUAUGCAGCAGCAUUUUCCUAUCAAGAUGAUUAGCAGUCACUUGCAUAAGCACAUUCAAGCAGAUUCUGCUCCUGGAAAUAUACGUGAAUGGCCGUACUCAGGGCCAGCCUUAGGCCAUUAGGUGCCCUGUGCGAAAAGUCUUCACGGUGCCCCCCACCCCCUCCAUCCUCCCCAGUCAUGCACCUUUAUCCAUAUAUGUGUGUGUUUAUAGGUGUGUAGGUUUGUAUAGGUGAUUUAUUAAAUUAAUAAUGAUUUAAAACCAGAUAUUAAUUCCCCUUUCCUGAUGUUAACAUGCAGUGAGGGGGGAAUGUAGAUCUCUGGUGUUUCAGUGUGCUGCAAAUCUGGUCUGCCCCUUCAACGGGUGCAGAGUAUAAGUAACUGUCUCAUUAGAGAAGUGCAGGCCAGAGAUGGCAGACUGCCUCCUCUGCAUUACACAGGGGCAGAUUAAGAAUGUCACAUAAUACUGUGACACACAGUUAGUCAGACACGCUCAGUUACAGUCAGACAGUCAGAGACACUCAGUUACAGGCAGACAGUCACACAUGCUCAGUUACAGGCAGACAGUCACAGAAACAAAAACACACAGUUACAGGCACACAAUCAUGAACAGUUACAGGCACACAGUCACACACACAGUUACCAGCAGACAGUCACACACACAGUCACAAGCAGACAGUCACACAUACUUCUGUUACAAGCAGAUAGUCACACACACUUGGUUACAGGCAGGCAGACACUCACGCACCCACUCCGUUAAAGGCAGUCACACACACAGUUGCAGUCACACAUACAGGCACAGGCACACACAAAGGCACAGUGACAAACACAGUUACAGUCACACACAGUUACAGUCACACACAGGAAGACAGUCACACACACAGGCAAACAGUCACAAACACACAGGCAGACAGUCACACACAGACAGGCAGUCUGGAUGUACUUACUCCUCCAGUGAAUAGGAACAAGCCAGUGAUAUAUAUUCUGUUGGAAUAAGCAAGGUACCACUGAAUCCCUUUGGACUAUCAUUGGGCAUACAUUAGAUAAAUCUUGGGUGAAAUGGUUACCACUGGGUCCCAGGCAUUUGCCGGAGGAUAAACAUAAUCCAAGGUAACUACCCUUUUUUAAAUGUAAUUUACCAAAUUAUUUUGAAGUGUAUAUCAUAAUAAAGUUUUGUCUUGGUAAUAAAUGUAAGAAAGGGUGGUAUAUGAUAACAUCCAUCCCAGAGUAUUUAUUUUAACAGCUGUUUAUCAUGGUUUACCAAAGAUAUCAGUUGAUGCACUAAUCCAUAAUCUUCUCAAUUUUGAAGACAAAAAGAUGGCUUCAUCCUGAUUGGCAAACACUUACGUUCUUUGUUAUUACAUUACUCAUUAAACAACAUCUAGAUGCCAACCAAGAUGUAGGGAUGGUAUGUGGACCUCCACUUAUAAAAGUGGACAAGCUUGGCAGAUGUCUAUUAGUCAUAUUCCUUUGUUUGUCUCUCUGCUUGGGUCCAAAGAGACAUAUCCAUUCCACAGAAACUGCAGUGAAAUGACAAAGAUGACAUUGGGAAAUGUUUUCUCAUUUAGCUAAAUUAACUUUAUCAUAUUCAGCAAUGAAUACCGCUAGCAGCUUACUUCAACAUGUGGUAAGUAUCAGGGCAGUCUUACAUAAACAGUUUUUAAUCCAAAAAUGUGGCUUCCUCAGCAGAUACAAAGUUCCCAGUCAGCUGCUCAUGUGAUUUCCCAAAAAUUUUGCGACAAGUUUCAUUCUAUCCUGGGCUUCUUUAGAUGUGGCAAAUAUUGAGUAUUAAUAAAAAUAAAAAAACAAACAAAAUGCCAACUGGGAAGAACAAAUAUUUCUGAUGCAUUCAAAGGCUUACACAUCAUUAACAACCAUAAUAAUAUAUUUUCCAGUCCUUCUGGAAGACGGGUAAAAUCUUUACAGUUGAACUUUAACAUUUAUGCUGUUUUCACAAUCCUGGUUACUAAGAAUUUAAGAACAAAACAGUUUGUUAAAAUUUCUCAGCACUGUGACUAAUAGUCUAUAUUCUUAAUAAUGUAUAUUACAAGCUUGGGUAUAUUUUUAGAAUAAAUUUCUACCUGCUCACUCAUCAAUUGGUUCUACAAGUUUCAUUCUAAUCACCUGCUGAUAUUACCAACAACAGAAUGUGGUAUUUUUACAUUAACCAAUCCACCUCCUUUUAGCUCCUGGGCAUGUGGUUCCACAGAUCAUUUUCUUUUCAAUUUUUUUUCUUCCUUGUAGUUGUUUUGAGUCAGUAUGAGAUUACUUCCUCCCCAUUUCUAACCAGCAGGGGGGCUCAUGUCUCCUUGUUUUGAAGCAGUGGGAUAUUCAUUCUUCCCUGUUUACAACCAGCAGGUCCAUUUUUGUCUACCUUAUUGCUUGCUUUUAAAAUCAAUGUGAAAUGGAGGGUGGAAUGAUUUUGAAUUUGGAAACAAUCUUAAUUAAAUGUUUUAUAUACUGAAACAAGCAGAUUUGCUUUGUGAAUUCAUGCUGUAGACCUUAUCUCUAGAAGGCUUAGACAAAUAUUUAUCUAAGAACAAAAGAGGUCCAAGGAUGACUUACAAUUAACUUGAUUAUUUAGUUUCCCGGAAGAGGCUUUUAACAAUGUUAGAUAAUUACUAGAGUUCCCAUUGUGGAAACAAUUCCUCUUCUUUGACAAAAUGUGACUAUCCUAUUAUGUAAACUAUAUGAUGGAAUAGGUGUCUAACCAAAGAUAACAUUUUAUACAUGCACAAACUACAGACAGUUUCAUUGUCAUGUUUUAGGGAAGAACUUUGACAUUUGCAUUGGUGGUAGUACUAUUUUAUCGUAACAUUAACUUGGUUAAUGUGUGCAGUGGAGGUAUGUUCAAAUACAAUUGCUUCUUCUGCUGCAGUAUCUUUCUCCCAUGUACACAGGGGAUCAGUGAUUUGCAUGAAAUGCCAGCCUAUGCCAGGAUAAGUAUGUGCUGGAUGCAAAUACAAAAACAACUAACAGUACAACCACCUAUAUACAAAUGUUAUUUUAAGGAAAAUGGGGCAAUGAAAAACAGGAAGGGAGUAAUAAAAGGACAUAGCAAAUUAGGCAAAAGAAAACUUCAAGGACCAUACCCACUACAGUGCACUGAAAAUGCAUAUUUGACAACUUACCUGGGGUCCGCCAGGCACCAGUUGCCUCUUCUUCUGCAGCCCAGAAACUACAGCCCAGAGAUAAGACUGGCAAUGCAGUACUUAGCUCAUUGGCUGAGAGAGCUUGUCUGUUUGCAAAUGGUUUGGCUACUUACUCUGGGAGGGCACCAGACUCUCCUGAAACAAUAACCACUAAGGUGCUCUGUAGUGGUUAUGGUGUUUGGAGUGUUCUUUUUAAUCAGACAAUAUCACGCCGAGAUAACAAAAUAUAACUAGGAGAGACAAUAUCAUAGACAAAUAGAGCAAAGUUGCACAAGUAUAUAUAUUAUAUAUACAUAUAUAUAUACACUUGCGCAACUUUGUAUACAUAUAUAUAUAUAUGUAUAUAUAUAUAUAUAUAUAUAUAUAUAUAUACAGUUACAAUUCCCCUCCCUGUACAGGUGCUCUGCCUGCAAGGGGAAGAUUUUCAUGUCUGUUGUCACCGUACAGUGCAUGCUGACAGCAAACAUAAUUUAUGCACAGAAUUUACAUUAGGCAGCAUGGAACAGUGUUCUUGGCACACAAUUACUAGUAUCUCUCUAUCUGCAGUGAGUAAACCUGUAAAACUGCAAAUUCUGACUCCUACCAUCAAGACCACUUCAAAUAACUGAACUGGUCAUGGUGGUUGGAAUAAACCUUUAAAUAAAACAAUUUAGAAAAAAACAUACAGAUAAAAAUACGUUUAGGUUGAUAAAAUAAUACUUUGCAGUUAUGGUAUAUAAUAGCCAUAGGUUUUUCAAAAUUUAUGAUUAAGCCACAAGUCUAAAACCUGUAUUGAUUUGAUAGUCCUUUUAAAAAAAAAUUCUAACUGUACAAAAAUUGUAUUUUGUAAGUGUACAUUAUGUCCUAAAAUGAUACAUUUGCAUUGUUGGACUUUUUUACAUUUUAUUUUACACGUGUGCAACAUCUUUGUAAAAAGGAAGACAAUGCCGGAAUAUGGAUCUGAAUAUUACAAAAAUAUUACAUACAAUAAAUUAAUGAUAUAAUGCUGUUUAUAGUUUUAACUAAUGCAUUACAGGUUUGUACACAUAUUUAUUUUCUGGUUUUUAAGAGCUUCGUGAUUUUUUUUCCAAAUAUAAAAUAUCGCUUAAUACACGCCUUAUAAAAAGUUCAAAAUAAUUGAAACAGUAAUAGUAAAAAAAAAAGAAUCAAUAUUUUAAAUAAAUUAAAAUGAUGUUGUAAAAGGCAAAUCCAAAAUUAAUCAAUAAAACAGAUGUUUUCUCCUGUACGCUUUCCCUUACUUAAUCCCCAAAGUUCUUUUUUAAUUAAAUGAAAAACAUUUGACUAGAAUAAAUUUUUUUUUUUUUUUUUUAAUAAUAUAUAUAUUUUCUUGCCCUCUAUCUAGGAUGUCCAUAUAUAUGUAAAUAUAUAUCACAUUCUAUUGCAUAACAUAAAUAUUUAACAUUGGAAGAUUUGUUUAAAAAAAAUAUGGGUGUAACAAACACAACAGUGUCUUGAUAUAAUGCAGCCACAUACAUUCGAAUUUAAACUAUUUAAAGGCAUGUUAAAUAUAUGCAUAUGGAAGGCUAUAGUUAAUCCAAUGUGAAUUCAGGGAUUAGUAUAGGGAGUAUUUAAAAGCUAAUAUUAACCAGACAUACAAUUCAGUGCCAUGCUUAUUUGUAAAAGCUUCCAAAUGCUCCCAAAAUAUGGUCCCUAUAUGCUUUGCCCUAUCUUUAAAAAUAAAAAAAAACCUUUAAAAAACAAGUAUUUAAUUAGAUUUGUUUCUAAUAUUGUUGUAUUGUUUAUUGUCAUUUCAAUCUCCUUAGAGCAGAGGUGCCCAAGAGGUAGAGCCCCAGAUGUUUUAAAGCUACAGCUUUGUCUUUCCAAAGGCACACAAAGCAUCAUGGGAGUUGUAGUUAUACGACAUCUGGGGAUCUACCUUUUGGGCACCCCUGCCUUAGAGGAUAUGUAUCAGCAUGGUAUUAGUAAAAGCUCUAUACAUAUAUACCUACGUGGCUAUUAAACCUCGACCAGCAUACUAGUUGGCGCCCAGUGCUUGUGUAUGCCAUAUAAAUAUAUUCCAAGCUUACCUGCUAAGAUGCAUAUUGUAUUUCUCAGACAACAUAACAAGAUGGCCCUAUAAAAGCCCUUAUCCACCAGUAUGUUGUAUACUCAAUGGAAUUUGUUCUCUGCCAGAGCUGAUUGGCAUUACAGUCACCAUAUGAGAUUUUUUUUAUACCUCCCAACUUUUCAGAUGGACAAAGAGAGACUUUGAUUUUUAGGGGGUGUUAGUGGGGGCGUGUCCUGAGGGUCUGUUUUAAGCAAUUUUAGGAAACUUUCUAAGUAAUUUUUUUUAUAUAUGUAUAAUUUUUACUGAACAAAACAGGCAAGUGUAAAUACAUGAAAGUAAGAGAAUAUUACAACAUUAGACAGGUUUAAAUGACACAUACUUGACAACAAGGUACAAUUCAAAGGCUGGUUGUAAAGAGAUUGAUUAAGGCGAUAAAUCUCUACAUAAUGUUCCACAAGGUGACGGAAAUAGAAUGUCAAGACAACCGCUAGUUAACAUGCUACGGGAAGUCAAGUGGAAGAUGAACAAAAAUUAAUGGAGUGAGAGAAAUGAAAAAAAAGAAAUGGGAGUUAUGUGGAGAGUAAGAGCAGUAAGAGAAGAACAUGAGUCAAAAAGCAAUCGUUGUGUGGUUAUGAAGAGGUGUACUUCACUCCAGAAGCCAUUCACGCUACGUAUCUGAGAAUCUGCGUAGGUUAAUAACCUGAAAGACAUUUCUUGAUAUGUCCUGGUGAUUUUAAGUCUGGAAAGGACUGCAUGGAUUUUUGGAGGCUAUAUGGAUUUCCACCCGUGACCUAUAGCGGUGGUGGCAGCUCUUAAUGAAGUAUAACAGAAGAGCUUUCUUUUGACCUUAUAUCUGAGAAUCAAACAUAUUGAGUAAGAAGACUUCAGAUGACAUUUGGAGGGAAUAGCUUGUUAAUUAAUUUAUAGGGUUUGUACCUUUCCCCAAAAGUUUGUAAGGCGUGGAGCAUUGUACUUGGGGAUAUUUACAUCUAUAACUUUGCAGGUCUGCAGAGGGAUACACAGCCACCAAUCUGUGAGGUGCUAGAUACCAUCUCAUUUGUAUCUUACUGUUAGUUUCCCAAUGACCUAGACAUCUUGAGGCAUGCUGCAUGUGAUUAAAGCUCUAGACCACUUUAUAAAAUGAAUUGGUUUAUUAAGGCCAAGUUGCCUGUUUAUAUAUUCAGACCACCAGCAUGGAGUCUCCAUUCACUACAAUAGUAAGCCCGCCCAGGCGUCUCUCUGUCUGGGAGAUAAGUGAGUUUGUUUUUGCUAAUUAUCUCCCAGGCACUAGAAGUAAAAUACAAAACAUAAAAACACCCCAAAAUACACACAAGUAUUAUAUCCCCUUAUAGCUCGGAUUGAAGUGCCCAAGUUGUCCAAUUAGUGCUCCAAUCCAUGUAGUGUAGCCGAAUCACCACUGGGGUAAAGUUUUGACCAACUGUACAUGUGGCUGUUGCCCAAAAUAGUUCCACAGAAAAGGAGGUAGCAGUCAGUCAACUUUCGGGAGUUCCUAUACAAAAACAAAUGAAGAUUCCCCCUGGCUCGUAGGGAGCAAAUGUUCUCUCAGUUCAGGAGUGUCUGUCAAACAAAAAGCGCUAUCCUGGCUUGUUUGAGAACAGAGUAGGUAGUGGUACGAUUUUCCCCGAGGUUUGCGAGGUCAGGUAUUCGAACUGGAGUUCCACGUACUCAAAGACAAAGUACCGCUGCCUGCGUUCAGCAGACAAAAUGUCCGCCAUGUCCUGCAGCACGUGUUUAAGAUUAUUUGAAUGGCGGCCACCCAGAGAGAGUACUUAAGUUUGUGGUUUCUUUGUAGUUAACGAGCCAGGGGAGUGGUUGGUGUUUGGUAGUUUGCAAGUACUGAACCAGGGAAAAGCAUGUUGGGUAAGGUAAAACUGUUAAGCGAAAUAGGGGAGCUCUUCCAAAUUGAUUGUUAAUAGUGAGUUCAUCACAGUAGCCUUUAGUUUGUUAAGAAGAUUGUGAUGGUUUAUUCUGGAUGUAAAAAUGAAAAUCCAGCGCUCUCCCUUAUCUACUAAACAGCUACUUUGGUGCUGACAGAUUUUUCUAAUUUUAUUAAAAACACCUAAUCUAGGCAAAAAAUUAUGGGGAUUUAGUUACAUUAUAUGAUCAUACAUUGCAUAAGCCUGCCACAACGUCAAUGUACCCCAUCUUUGGCAGGUCCUACUCUAACAACCAACUGUCUACUAAAUGAGCUACUCACUUGGGGAAAUCCUUCCAUCUCCAGUUCUCUGCAGUACAAGGCUAAAUAGGGUCCUGAGAUGAGGCACCUGUAACAGGGAGGGGUGCAAAACCAAGGUGCUGGCUGGACUCCUAAAUAUAUAUGGGAAAACAAGGGGCUGGCUGCACUCACCUGAACAUGCUUAAAUGGGGUGCUACUAGGGGCCAAUAAGUACAGUAAAAAUGAAAAUCCAGCACACUCCCUUAUCUACUAAACAGCUACUUAAAUAAUGGGGGUUUAGUUACAUUAUAUGAUCAUACAUUGCAUAAGCCUGCCACAACAUCAAUGUACCCCAUCUUUGGCAGGUCCUACUCUAACAACCAACUGUCUACUAAAUAAGCUACUCACUUGGGGAGAUCAUUCCAUCUUGAGUUCUCUGCAGUACAAGGAUUAUUCCGGAUUUAACAUGUGUGGACUUGUUGGAUAACAAGGGAUGUUAAGGAAGUAGUCUUCCAAUCAAAGGUAAAGCUCUUUUUAAGGGCUUCUAUAGAAACAUGCAGGAUAUAGAUAGCCAGAUAGGGCCUAUCUGUAUCCUGUAUGUCAAAUGGUUGUUUUCAUAGAAUGAAACAUCACUGUAAUCCUUCAGGAGUUUCAUCAGCUCUGGGAGAGAUUGUAUGGGGUUGGUUAUGCUUAACAGGAAGUCAUCUGCAAACAAGGCUAAUUUAUUAGUCAUGAAGGUUGUUCCCAUUAUCAGAUUAUUUGAUCUUGUAUAACAGUGUUUCUAGGGCAAGAAUAAAAAUAGGGGGAUAGAGGGCUACCUUGCAUAGUGCCAUCGUGGAGCCUAAAGGAUUGUGAUAGGAAGCCUGAAUUACAUUUUUUUUGCGGAAGGAAAUUAAUUUUUGGGUAACUGACACAUAAUUGUGCAUACUGCUUCGUCUGCGAAUUGAGUUGUAAGUAAAGCUUUUUGUGUGGUGGUUAGAUUUGUAAGCAAAACUUCUGUCAGAAAUUCAGAGAGAGUAUGUUUAUUCGGUUGGGUGGAGUUUUGGUCUCAGUGCAGGUUGCAUAGAGCGUCUAAGCUCUACACCAAUCUUUCAACAUCCACUUUGUCAAGGAGAAGGGAAUUUGUUGAAGUGACAAAAUGUCUCUGGAAUCAUGUAGUCUCCUACCGUUGGGGCUACCCUACUAAAUUGCUAGUCUGGAGGAACACAGUCCUACACACGCUAAACAGCACAGUAGAGAGAAGAGAGGCCAUGAGAGCUUGGAAAACUCCAAGGGGAUCUCCAUCUUCAUCAAAUUCCCUGCCAAAGAAAUUGGCUGCUGAGUGGUUAUCCACAUCCUCACCCCUCAAGGAUAUGCCCAACUCUCAGAGCGGAGCGGUCAUCAUUCACCCGUGAAGUCCUGAUAUGGAGGAAAGCUUGAACUGGUCAUUAACCUCUUCCUACCUUUUAUGAGAACACCUUGUAAUUCAGCGUUCAACAUAACCUCAAGAUGGUGAAAGGAUGGUGAAGGUCUGUCGCUACCACAAGAAAGGAUCCUGGGACUGCUACGUAAUCACCAAUCUGGGUGAAGCUAUCUUUUGCUUUUUUCUAUCUUUUUCUUUUACUUUAUACUAUCUUAUUUUAUUUACUUUGCUCCAGGAAACUUAUUACUGUUCUAUUACUUUGAAGCUGCCUGGGAAGGGUGUGGAGAGCUUAAUUUACCCGUUAAGCAACUCUCCACACCAUGCCAGGAUAUUGCUAUCUCACAAAAGUAGAUACCUACAUUUUUACACAAAUUUAUAAAGAAACAAAAAUAAGAGAGAAAAUAAAUUGUAUUUUUAAUUAUUGUUUUAAUUUUAGUAAUUUUGCUAGUUUAUUGAUAGAGUUUGGAAAAGUGGAUCUUGAGAGCAGAGAGGAGCAAAUCACAUUUGUAUUACUAUAUUCAUAAGCUAAUGCACAUGUGUUUGCUCCCCAAAGCAAGCCUACAAGGAAGUUUUUCUUUAGCAGUGUCUGUGUGGACAUGAAUCUAAUCCAUAGGCAUGCUAUUAUUAUUUAUAUUAUGUUAGCAGUAAUGUUUCUUGUUUGACUGCAUUGAGGUAACAUCACAAAACACCACACCCGAGAGGCCACUGAUGCUCAGGACAACAGAGGGGCAAAUACAUUGAAGCUGAAGAAAUAUACCACGGGUCAUCCAAUAUGGUGGAGACCACGUUUGUUUCUCAUCCCAGCUCUGCACAAGUUACACUUGGAGGCAAGCUAAACGCAAUAUUUGCCGACUUCUGAAGGCAGUUUGAGGGACAGGCCAGUAAACACCAGCAACAAUGUCCAAUCUCAGCAAAACAGCAUCAGUCAACUUGGUGAUUCCUGCAGCGUAGCAUUCUUGGUGGCAGAACGCGGCUCCAGGCCUGUGGCGAACCCAGAGGCGUCAGAGACACAUAAUUUGCUGCACAAAACCUGAAGCCAGAUGCAAUUCACUCUCAAAACACCUCCAAUGGUGGACUUUUAUUGCCCUACAAGAGAGCCCUUUGAGGCUAAAGCUGCGCCUGCCUCCAUGCUCCACUAUGGCACUAUUACAGCCUACAUCUGGGCCCCCAAGAAAGAUGACUGUCUUGCAUGCACCAACAGUCUGUGGAUCACUUAGUGUCUUGGCUGAAUCAGACCUGGGACUUUUGCCGGCUGGCAACAAUCCUCUUCUGAGGUUCUCAUGCUACCUGAUUCCAGUUCAUGAUUACUUUUACAGCUAAUACACAUUGCAUAAUCUUUGCUUACAAUUUUUUUUAGUUAGCUACCGUUAGUUAGACAUAUUGUGUUUGUGUAACUUAAAAGUUGAAUAUUACUUGGUGGUCCUCCUGGAUGUUAUAGCUUUAUAAUUCCUGUGUCUUAGUUACACUUAGACAUGUUUAACUCCUUAUUAUAACCAAAAAUUGUGAUAUUAAAUUGCAUUCCAUUUUUUUAUAUUGUAUUGUGUAUUAUUACUUGUCUUGUGUUUGCUGUCGUGUCAUCACAAGCAUGUUUGUUUCUCACUGCACUCCAAAAAUACAGUAUGCAAAAAAACAAAACAAUAUUAAGUAUAAUGUAAUAUAAGUAUUAUAGCUGUCGAACUCUGUUAUACACUCAAAUACACCUACAAUAUAGAGCGUCAAGAAAAGAGGGACAUUAGGAUAAAAAAAAGGAGGGACAGAGGGAUUUGUCCAAUAAUAAGGACUCCUAAAUUGUGAAAUUUGGAAAAUAUGAUGUUAUGUAAUUUUAUUUUUUUAAUUAAAAAAACAACAAUUAAAGCAGCACUUUGAAAACAGUAUGUUUAAUAAAAUCCUCAAAUAUUUUUUUUUGUUAAUGGAGAUAAUACAAUUCAAACAAAAAGAUCAACAAAUAUAAACAAAUAUCUAAAAUACAAAUUAAAAAAAGUAAAAAUAGCUAAACUAGUAACACAAUCAAUUAAAAAUCAAUUAAUCCACAUAUAGAGAUGUUAUUUCAAAGACUGUUUUGCAUCGGUCAAUGCCAAGUGACUUUUGUCUCACCCGGUACAUUAGUCAUAAGGCCGGUAAAUGUCAUCAAGUCAACGCAAAUGUUUAGAAGAGUUGAAUCAAAUUAGAGCCAAUUUUCCCCUUUAAUUUAGUCUUUUAUAAUGGAGGUGUUAAAAAUAAACAAAAUGUUCUCUUACUUGCUCUCUCAAAUAGUGAGAUGAAUGAUAAUUAGCCAACGUCUAGACAUGGAGAUUACUCUUGAACUGUCCCUAGAGAUAUGUUGAGAGUUUUCUAUAAGAACCGUGUAUUUUUUGCUAGGCAGAGAUAAGAUGUGUUAUUUUUUCCAGAGGUACAUUUAUACAGACAAUAUCAGCAACUGAAAAAUAAUGACCUAAUAUAGAGUCAGUCGGACAUAAAGCAGGCAGAACCUCUGAACAAGGUCAAAUGGUUGAGGUAUCGUCUAGUAGAAAAAUAUUUGUUAAAUGGUUCAUGUUUAAAGAAAAACAAAAAUAGUUUUAAGAGAGUUAAAUGAUUCUUUUCUUUUUUUAUCAAUAAGAAUAUGCACAUCAUUUCAUAAUGUUAAUAUUUUGAUAACCAUUUUGCUCAAUAGGUUUGUCUUUUUUGUUUGUAUUGCUUCAGAGAGUUAGCAAUAGCUAGUGUAAGUGCGAAGAAAGCACAAUGAUCGGGAAAUAGUAGGAAUAGGCACAGUCAAACAGUGUGAAGGUUCCACGAAGGAAACCAGGAGAGACCCAAUGAAUUUUUCCUCUUUCUCCAGCCUAUACAUGGUAGGACAGAGAGUAAUAUUAAAUAAGGCCCAUCCUCUUAAAAUAUUUACAACUAGUGUAGAUGUCGGUGUGGUCCUCUGGGUUCCUGCUCAAAAACCUCUUAAUCAGCAAAUGAAGAAUAAGAUCUGCAACACCAAAAUGAAUUAUCUUAUCCAGGAGGUUUAAAGUUAUUGCAGUGUGUUUACUUUGGGCUGCUUAGUAUUUGCACUGUUUCAAUUUAUGAUCUACUUUAGAUGGGAAUGCAAACCUGAACUUAUCUGCUUUGCACUGACAUCGUCUUUUUUUUUUUUUUUUUGCAUAUAUCCUUUUUACUGGUUUUGGGUAGUACUCCAGUGCAUAAUACAUUUGCUGGCGCAGCAGCGUAUUGACCAAGUGUAGCAUAUUCAAUUUGCAAUAUACCAUGUACAAUUAUACAUCGCUAACCUUUGCAUUACAUCAGAGCUAUGCUAUACUUGUGUGUUAGCUUGUUUACUCGGUUACAGUAACAGAAAAUUGGGAUUUACCCAAAUCUGGAGGUAAGUCAGUGAUUCCUGCAUAAAACAAUUCCCAUAUAAAAAACAACAAAUAUACCGACUUCAAAACUGUCUGGCUGUAGCUGAGUGCAGAAAAAGAGAGUUCAUUUAGCUAGAGUUGGAAACUAGGUGAGUAUAAGGAUCUAAUGUGUAGAUUGUGAAAGGAAUUCCAAAGUGAGCUAAAUGGAAAACCAGUUCUGAGUUGAGCUGGAGAUUCUGAGAGCUGAAAAAAUAGUUAGUAGAAACUAGCAAGUCACAGGAGCAUAACAGAUUGGUGUCAGCUCAUUAUGAGUGCCCAGGUUCAGUGACAGGUUGUUUAUUGUCAGUGGACCUGUGAACUUAGGAGAAAGAACAGAAUUAUUUAAAGAGACAAUUAAAUUAAAAUACAUGUUCUGGUCUUGACAGUACCACAUAUCAUUUAUUAACAGAGUUACCAUAUCCACGACAUAUAAUUUUGUCAAGUGUUUGAAAAUGUCUAAGAAGGGUUGUCCUGCAAUAUGUAUAAUACAUAUUUUGCAGGAUUUCUCAUUGCCUAAUUAAUUAAUAUAAUACAUCUUCUUCUCGAUUCUACAUACUGGGCAACCCUUUUCAUGUGCUGCCCAUCAAUAUGUAUACAUAGAAACAUACAAUGUGACGGCAGAUAAGAACCAUUCGGCCCAAUUCCCUAAAUACUUUAAUUAGUCACUGGCCUAAUUGUAUAACUUGGAUAGCCUUAUGCCUAUUCCACGCAUGCUUAAACUCCUUCACUGUGUUAACCUCUACCACUUCAUCUGGAAGAGAUCCACUACCCUCUCAGUAAAGUAAAACUUCCUCAUAUUAUUUUUAAACCUUUGACUCUCAAUUUAAGGCUAUUAAAUAUAGUCUCCAUCUUUACUAUGUUGAUUCCCUUUAUGUGUUUAAAUGUUUUUAUCAUAUCCCCCUUGUCUCAUCUUUCCUCCAAGUUAUACAUGUUAAGAUCCUUCAACCUUUCCUUGUCAGUUUUAUCCUACAAUCCAUGAACCAGUUUUGUAGCCCUUCUCUGAACUCUUUCUAAAGUAUCAAUAUCCUUCUGGAAAUACGGUCUGUGUACAAUACUCCAAGUGAGGUCUCACCAGUGUUCUGUACAAUGGCAUGAGCACUUAUCUCUUUCUACUGCUAAUACCUCUCCCUAUACAACCAAUCAUUCUGCUAGCAUCUCCUGCUUCUCUAUUACAUUGUCUGCCUACCUUUAAGUCAUCCAAAAUAAUUACUUCUAAAUUCUUUCCUCAGAUGUUGAGGUUAGGACUCUGCCUUUGGGUUUUUACGUCCAAGAUGCAUUAUCUUGCACCUAUGCACAUUAAAUGUCAGCUGCCACAACUCUGAUCUUUUCUAGUUUACCUAAAUCAUUUGCCAUUUGGCUUAUCCCUCCUGGAACAGCCACCAUAUUACAUAUCUUAGUUUCAUCAGCAAAAAGACAUACCUUAUUAUCAAGACCUUCUACAAUAUCACUAAAUAAAUAAAACUAUCAAAGAGAAUCAGUCCAAGUACAGAUCUCUGAGGUACCCCACUGGCGACAAGACCAUACUUCGAAUAUACUCCAUUAACUAUAACCUGUCACUCAGCCACUGCCUUACCCAUUCAACAAUAUUGGAAUCCGAAUUGAAAGAUUUGAAGAUGCAGUUUAUUGAUAAGCCUUCUAUGUGCAACAGUGUCGAAAGCCUUACUGAAAUCUAGGUAAGCAAUGUCAACUGCACCACCCUGAUCUAUUAUUAUCUAUAUGUUACCCAAUCAAAAAAAUCAAUAAGAUUAAUUUGGCAUGAUCUCCCUGAAGUAAACCCAUGUUGUCUCUGAUCUUGAAAUCCAUGUGAUUUUAGAUAUUCAAUAAUCCUAUCCUUUAACAUGGUUUCCAUUACUUUCCCAACGACUGAAGUAAAGCUUACUGGCCUGUAGUUGCCCAACUCCUCUCUACUACCUUUCCAGUGAAUGGGCACAACAUUCACUAACUUCCAAUCUUCUGGGACUACUCCUGUUAACAAAGAUUGGUUAAAUAAAUCUGUUUUGCUAUUACACCACUAAGCUCUUUUAAUAACUUUGGGUAUAUUCCAUCAGGUCCCAUUAACUUAUUUGUUUUUACUUUUGACAGUUGAAAUAGAACCUCUUCCACUGUAAACUCACAUGUAAUAAAUGACUAAUUUGCCCUUUUUCCUAACUGAGGUCCCUUUCGAUCGAUCAUUUUCAUCUGUAAAUACUGAACAAAAAUAUUAAUUAAGGCAGUCAAAAAGUGAAGCGUGGGGGGGCGUGGCCAACGGAGCAACAGGCAAGACGAUCUUGUGAGGAGCUCCGAUACAGAAAACGGGAGAAUAAAUCACCUAAACGCCUCCCACAGACACAGAGACACCCACCCCUCAACAGAUGACCUAAUGGGGCGAAAGAACAAAAAAAUCCAUGCACCUGAGAUCCGCAAAAUGCCUGAUAUCAGGCUAUCAUUUGACAGGCUGGUCCGGCGGGAGGCACCCAAGGUGGCGCCGGAAGCACAGAGUGAAGAUGAAGCUUCGGAGGCAUCACGGGAUGCGGAGCAACCUGUGGAGAAUACCCCAGUAAGUUACACCAACAGUGAGUCUGACUCAGAUACAGACUCCGCGCCGGCAACAAAAAGGGAUCUAAAAUGCCUCCUAACCGAGAUGAGGCAAAUAUGGAAGGCGGACCUGCGGGCAACGCAAGCGGAAUUAGGCACCCUGGGUAAAAGACUCACAGCGGUUGAAUCCAAAGAUGGAGAGAGGGAGACACAGUUGCAGACCACUCAGCUGGAGAUUCAAGGACUGGCAAAACAGGUCCGAAACCUAACCAAGACUGUGACAGUGCUGGAGUCAAGGCACAGGAGGAAAAACAUCCGCAUCAGAGGAGUACCGGAGGGGAUCACAGGGAAUAACCUCCUGCCCUUCCUGCACUGUAUGCUGACCCAUAUGGGAGCAAAAAAUGGAGUUGCUGAGGAGAUUAUAACGACCGCAUUCCGUAUCCGAAAAUCCGCCUCGGCCCCAGCGGAGGCACCCAUAGACAUUAUUGCAGUAACCAAGAACAUUGCGGCCAGAUCUGCCAUCAUGUCCCUCUCGAGAGAGCUAAAAAAUUUGAACUUUGAGGGUUGCAUGGUAGCUAUAUAUGGGGAUCUCCCGUUCGCUGUACUAGCGACGAAAAAGCAACUAGGCCCAGUUGCAUGUAGACUGCGGGAGGCAGGGGUACGGUAUUGGUGGGGAGCAGAUGGAUCGUUAGUUACACAGAGAGGAGAGGAAACAAUAACCUUACCCCCUGACGGUGACCAGGAGACAUUUCUUCGGCGCCUUCAAGUGACAGACACAACCCCAAAAAGAGCCCCUAAGACCAAGCAUAAUGCCCAACGGUGACUCCCCGGCCCGCCACACACCCAUAGUCGGGACACAGACCACUAGGCCAGUAGACAGCUGGCAGAUGUAAGGCCCCUGAAUAAAUAAAGGAAGGCCCACACUAGCAAAGCACCACACGACAAGCUACCGCUGUUAGACAAUGUAAAUAGUUUCGCACAAGCAUCUCAACGACCGAGACCCAAAAAUAGAGCCACAAAUAGACAAAGAAUAGAGGGACAAUGCCCCACCAUAGACCACACGUACAGACAGACCAACAUGACAGAGGUCCCCAAGUUGAACCUACUUCUAAACUGUAUAAUGCCGAGAUAUAUCAAUAAUUUGUCCUAACCACGCAGUUAAUGUUAACGUAUUACAGUUGGACCACUGUUGGUACCACAUAUUACUCACCACAAUAUGAUAAAGUUGUGUGUAUCUAUGUAUGAAAAUUCAAUAAAAUACAAAUUUAAAAAAAAAAGUGAAACAAAUGCUUAACAACUAUUACACUGAAUUAAGUCUGCCAUUUUAAUGAGUUAAGUAAUUUAAAUCAAACAAAUCUUAAUUUUUUUUUGUCUUCCUGUAUACCUCAGAUUACUUCCAGUUUAUCUCCAGAAUAUCUCCAAGCACACACUUAGUAGCAGCAACCAAGCUAUAUUAGUCAAGCUAAUGACCACAACCCUUAUAUAACUCCUAAAAGCACCACCCAUUAGGAAUGUUUAACUCCUGGGUGGGCCUAUGCUUAUUUGCAAACAAUAGCUAAUUAACCAGCAAUCAAUAGCAAGUAACUAGCUUAAUCAAAUCAAAUGCCUUACCAAUUACCAACAGGAAAUCAAACCUUGUGCAAUCAGUAACCUUUUCCUACAGAUUAAUCUUACCUGAAACCGUAAAAAUAGAAAUCUUAGCACAAUCUUAGAAAGUUGAAGAAUCAGUAAACUCUACAGAAUAUCUCCAAGCACACACGUUGAAGCACUUAGAAGUAGCAACCAAGCUAUACACAUGAUAUGUGUCCCUGAAAAAAAAUGGUGGAUCUGGUAACCCUAAUUAUAAAGACACAAUGGUACACCCCUUUGAACCAGGAAAUAUUUGUGUCCACAUUUUCCCAGCUAUUGCAACAUAUUGGGUUGAGGUCAGGUGAUUGAGUAGGCCAUUGCAGAAUAUUCCACUUCUUUGCUAUGUCCAUGUAUUCUCCUGCAAAGGAUUCUCAAUAAAGUAUUACAAAUUAACAUUUCAUUUAUGAUUGUGUUAAUGUAUCCAAUUAUAUCUGAACCCCUGACAUAAUGGGAAUGUGUAUAAAAAUGAUUGCAGUUCCUAAACAUUUCAUACAAUCUUUUUGUUCAACCCCUUGAAUUAAAGCUGAAAGUCUGCACUUCAACUGCAUCUCGGUUGUUUCAUUUCAAAUCCUUUUUGGUGGCGUAAAGAGUCAAAUUUAUGAAAAUGUUGUCAUUGUUCAACUAUUUCCGGACCUAAUUGAAAAUUUCUGCUUGUAAUAUAUUGUGUUUGAAUCUGUGAGUAUUGUGAGUGUAUGCAGCUGUAUAAUUGCGUGAAGGGUUAAAGAUAAUGGUAGAGGUUAUUAGGGUGAAGGGAGGUGCUGAUCUCAGAGUUUGAUUACACAGGGUGUUAAGAGGAUUAAAAGCUUGAGAGAGUUUACAGUUGUGGUAUUGGGGUGUUAAGAAUUACUGGGUUCAUGGUUAAAGUGGGAUUAAAUUUAGCAUUACUCUGAAAAGGCAGUGUUAACACACAAAAUAAAAAAACUGCAGGGACAGGUUAAAGAUACUAUAACCACUACAUUAAGUUGUAGUUGUUAUGGUGACUAUAGUGUUGCUUUAACCCUAGGAUUAAGGUAAAGGUUUGUUUUAAUGUUUAGGCUUUAAAUGCUUAAAUCUGGGUCUAAGUAAUUAGUUAGUUUAGGUUUUGUGAUGGGUAACAUUUGCGGUUAGGGAAAAAGGGGUGUUUACAGUACUGACAUGUUUGACGGCUUAUCUGCAAAGUACUUACCCUACUCUGAUUGAUAGCAGACGUGCAGGAACUGUUAUACAGCGUGAAUCACUCAAUGUUGCCCUUGCUCCUCCUGGGUGAGAGGUUACUAGUGGGCAUAUGGGAAGUGAUCCCUUCCACUUCCUGUACAUGCUCACACACAGACACUGGAGGAGCUGGAACAGCACUGAGUUUUAUACCCUAUAACUGUUUUACUAUCAAAUAUAGAAGGCUAACUGGGCUUGGCCAGUGAACCUCUCAAGGACAGCUAUUUUAUUGUUAACGCAACUUAUCAGCAUGAGGUUGGUUGCUGGCUUGCUAUUGAAGCUUGGUGUUACUUGCGAGGCACAAACCAAGAAAGGUAUGGUGGGGGAAUAAAGCAAUUGAAAACACCUAAAGUCAGUGGAUAGUCAAUACAUUGUUAAACCCAGACCUGCAUACAUGAUAAGGGUGAUGUCAGUUGAAUAUAUAUGUAAGCACAUCAAUGUGUUUUAAAACAAAGCUUUUUAUGAAAAUGCAUGGGCUAUAACUCAUUGUCCAUUUAGGAAAUUACCAAUGUUAAGGUUUUCCAGCUUUGCAAUGCUAUUUUACAUUAUAAUCUGGAUUUUUAAAUACUAAUCUUCUGUUUCUAUCCAUUUAUCACUAUAUAAUAAAGAAAAAAACGGUUCAACGAGCCCAUUAGAGUCUAUUCACAAAAUCCAACUUCAUUUUGUUGUACGAAUUUUGGAUUUUUACCUGAGGAUUUCUGUAAUUAGAGGAGCUGAGUACCAACAUUACCCAUUUGUAGAAUUAUUUAACAUUUCCUUGUAUCCAGCCUGUAAGCCCUUCAGGCCCAGUGAGCCUGGAAAGCAGAGUGUGAUAUUUUUUUCAUUCUGCCAUUAAGUUUCAACGAACGUUAAUGUCCUGGGGCUUUUGCAGCUGUGCGCAGUUCUCUAAAUGUUUUUAUUGCAUUUGAAAACCAUCCUUGAAAGCAGAUCGUGCAAAGAAACUGUCAAUUGUUAGAUACAUUUUUCUUUAAUUUUUCUUUAAUUGGUUGAUUUUGUGUAUUGAUACGCCAGUUUUACAUGAUAUUUCUGUCACAAUAUCUCUACAUAAUGCCAAAUGAUUGUAGCAGUCAUACUUCCAUAAAUCGUAUUCGCUCACAAGCACCCAUUAUUUUUUACUAAACUGUAUGUAAUUUGAUACAUUUAGGCUUAAACUGGAAAUAUAAAGGAAUGCAACGUUUCUGUUUAAUUCUAAUUGUACCAUAACCACUGCAUAACAUUGUAAUGGUUAUAGUGCAUUAGCGUCUGAGGGUAACGUCUGCUCUGUAUGUGUUACCAGGUUUUGGUGCCUACCAUCUGUUCCUUGCUCUAGCAAGGAAGUAUAUGCCUCCAUUGGGCAUCCAUCUGUGGACACCAACAAUAGGCACACCAUUGGAUGCCACCCAUAGACUCUUCAUUCUAUAAAGUUAUGGUACUUAGAGCGCUCCUUUAAAAAUGGCAAAUUUGGGUUUUUAGUUUACCAGUUAGUGAAUAAACUCUAGGAUCUAUUGGAUGAAGACGAAUUGUGUUUCUUAUCCAUUCCACACAUGAAACUAAAAUAGCUCAGUCAAGUCAUAACCAAUUGUAUCCCUUUGCCGGAAAGGGAGUUUUAUAUUAGGUGAAGAAAGAUUUUUUAAAAAAAAUUAAAACCUAGUGAAAAAAAUGUUGCCUGAUCUGAUCUUAAGAUGUGUUCUUGAAGUCAGCCCACUCAUUGUGCUAUCAACAAACCUCACUGUGAAAAUAGAAAGCAACUUAAUUCAAAAGGUUAGAUGAAGUCUUCUUUAAUAAUAAUACACAUUAAUAAAUAUUUACCUUUCUGCUAAUUUCUAGGUUGUAAGAAUAUGAGAUCAAAAGAAAACAGCAAAAAUAUAAAGCAUAAAUCAUAAACAAAAUAAAUACAAAUAAUAUGGUAUGAUCCAAAUAAUUAUUUUCUCCUUACAACCUCAUGUCAUGUCAUACACUUCCGUAUGUCUAUCCUUGCCCAAGUUGGGGAAAAACAAUUUAGAAUGGAGACAUACUGCAAAGGAUCUGCAAAUACAUGUACACAAUGAAUGGACAUGCUUUGUGAGUCUUGUGAUGGGACACCAAACACUUGAUAUAAGGUUCUCAAUAAUUAAAAAGAACUUCGAAACCCUUUGGUCAUUGCACUGGAAAGUCUCAACUCAAUCUAAUCUAAAUGCAUAGUUCAAAUUGGAGAAACAUAACCCCAGGGUGGGUUUGUCUGGUGAUAUCCAGUUGUGGUGAAUGGUCUUCCUGGCAGCCACCAAGCCCAUUUAAACACUAUGGAAAAUACCAAAAUCUUGCUCUUUUUUUAAAGGAACAUUCUAGCGUUAUAAAUACAUUCAUUUAUAAGGCUGGUGUAUUGGGUAGUCUUCCGUGCCCUCUUUUUCAAUCCAUUACAUAAAGUGUUAACUUACCUGUAAUGCAGGUGUGAGAGUUCCUUGACGCAGCCCAACUCUGACUGCUUGGAGCUUAUUGGACCAAUCUGAUGCUUCUCAAAGUUCUGUGUGUUUAAAAGAUUUUUGACAAAUUAUAUGUUUGAUUUGUUUCAGCAAUGCUAAGUUUACUGUAUGUCCAUUGCAAAGUUUUGGGCUUAUUAUCUUCCUAAAAAUAUACAGAACAUCUAAACAAGACAAUAACAAAUUACCCAUUUCUAAGUUUGAUCUCAAAGCUAUCCCUUAUAUAAGAGACAGACUUCAAAUUACUUAACUCGUCUCACUCAAACGUAUUCCUAUAGUACAGUGUGGAUAAUAUGAUUACACAUUUACUUCACUGCUAUAUUAGCUCACAUUUUGUUAUGUCUAACAAAUUAUAUUUUAGAACAUAGGUCAAACCAUUUCCUGUGCUGAACACAAUGAGUAGCUGCACAACGUCAGGGCUUCAGUUUAUUUUACGGGACUGUGUUUGUUUUACUGAAGCAGAUCACAAAGCCUCACAUUUUCCAUAUUUGGUAGAGGUCAAGCAGAGUGUGUGGUCGAAAGUUGCUGAGCCAGCAUCGCAACUAAACAAGAUUUGCAGGUAGGCCAACAAUUUGCUAAAGCCGUGCCAGGGAUUGUGAGGAAAUCAGGAUCUGCGAUCACUGGAACUCUACAGGCGCUCAAAAGAUAUUUAGGUUUUUUGGCACUAGUGUUAUUUUAAAAGUAAUCAUGGGACUGCUGGGUGGGAAUCUGGAGAAUGUAAUGUUGAACUUCAUAGCAAACCUUUGUUUUCCUUAAAGAACUUUUUUUUUUUGUCUGUGCAUGUUUACCUGUAAAAAAACUGUUCAACAAAUUUAACAAUAAUAAUGUAAAUAUAUAUCUAACUGAUUCUGUAGCAAUCCUGAUGUAAUCCUGUAACUUCUGGAAAAAAAACAACACAUUACAUUUAUAUAUAUCUAGCCACUUUGGAUGUACGGCAGAUUUGAUAGCUAGCUAGACAGUCAGAUAGGAGGACAAAUCCAUAGACAAGCAUGUAAGUAGUCUCGGUAUGCUUUGAGAUCCACAAACAUUCACCUAGGUGUGUUUGCAGGGCUUCGAACCGUUGAACUAUUCACUGUUUUUCUGCCUGGCGUUCUUUACGCCAGGCUGACAUGCCCUCUCAGUGGGUGGGCAUGGCAACUUCAUAAUUGAGACUACCCAUUAUGUGUUUCACCAGUGAUUUAGGUCACUUGCAAUGCUUUCUUAAAUAUGUUAAUUGUAUUAUUUUUGUAGAUUUAUAGCCAAAAUAGUAAAUUUGUCUGAAGUAUUUCUAAGUAUUUAAUCUAAGACUGAUAUAAAGGGUCACGCUAAGAAAUACAAACACUCCAUCCUACUUAAGUGCUUAUGGUUCAAAGAUCAUUUCCCUGUAGCCAAUUGUCUUAAGAAUGUUUAAAGGAUUACUCCAGCCACCAUGGUCACUUUUGCUAUUAGAAGUGGUCAUGGUUCUAGGAAUGUGUAUGUGAAACGCUGCUUAUACAGAGUAAUCUGCGCUUUUGUGGGGUGGGUUAGUUGCACGCCUGGCACAUGUGACUUAGGCAGCCUGGAACUCUGGCUUCCUUAUGUUGAUUCUGUGCAAAAUUACACCUGUUGUCUCUGUAUGCUGGUGACAGAUGUAAUGUGCUUUUCUCUCUGGCAGUGUGCUUGCAAGGGCAAGCCUUUUUCUCCCCUCGAACUUUUAGUUGAGACCUCCCACAAUGCAAUACUCGUCUCAUGUCAGAAGGUCUGGGCAAACAACUGAUUUUCGGAUAAUUUGAAACUUCAACUGCCAUGAUGCUUUGCCAACCUUUAUAAUGGCAAAGCAUCAUGCAGAUUGCAGUUCUACAACAUCUGGGUAGCAAUCGUUUGCCCAGCCUUACCGUACAGUGUUCGAGACCAAACCUCAGUGGUGAUUUAUCAACAUCAUAGUGAUUUGGAUGGAAUUUUUCCGCCUUUUUUGCCUUUUAUAUUGUCGUCCCCCUUACUUUACAACAUAUUUUCAUUGUUUAUAAUUUUGUUUCAAAAUAUUGUAUUGAUGUGCCUUUAUAAAAAAAAGUUCAAUAAAAUAAUUUGAAAAUGGAAAUAAAUAUUUGUGAAAAUAUUUUAUUGUAAUUUUACCAGAAAAUGAAAUUCAAACAAAUAAUUAUUAAGCAUCACCUAAUGACUUUUCUCUUUUUUUUUUUAAGAUGGAAACAUCUCACCAAUGA